AUGGCAGAGAUGAGGAAGAACAAAGCGAAAUCGUUGUCGUCACCAUCGUUUUCACCUGGGUUCUUAUAUCGUUCGUUUACAAUGUACGCCACCCCAUACACAUUUGAUACGAAUCAUUCAAAAGUUAACUUUUUUCGCAAGAAUCAACAGUCCCAAAAUCAACCUGCUUCCGCUUCCAAAUCUCACGAUUCAAUGAAUUCCGUCAAAGGUAAAGUCAAAAAGCUUUGCAGUUUAUUCGAAUCAGACAAAUCUUCAUCAUCUUCAUCCAACCUACCCAGUCCUAAAGGACAAGCCCCCAAGCCUCUUUUAAGAGCCUCAAAAUCGUCGAUUUCACCGGGUUUUAUUAACCCUACGAUAAGAUUACCUGGAACUGAAGAUCGAAUUGUUGUUUACUUAACCAGUUUACGAGGGAUUCGAAGGACUUACGAGGAUUGUUAUGCUGUAAAGAUGAUAUUUAGAGGGUUCAGACUUUGGAUCGAUGAGAGAGAUAUCUCCAUGGAUGCUGCUUAUAAGAAAGAGUUGCAAAGCAUCUUGAAAGUGAGGAAGGUGACCUUGCCCCAGGUUUUUAUAAAGGGGAAGUACAUUGGUGGUGCUGAUGUGAUCAAAAGCAUGUUUGAAAUGGGUGAAUUGGCUAAGAUUCUUGAUGAUUUUCCCCGUAGGCAGCCUGGGUUUGUUUGCAAUUCUUGUGGGGAUGUGAGGUUUGUGCCUUGUGUGAAUUGCAAUGGGAGUCGAAAAUUGUUCGACGACGACGUAGGGUUCGUCAAGAGAUGCUUCAAAUGCAACGAAAACGGCUUGAUUCGAUGCCCGUAUUGCUGCGAUUGA